GCACAGAGGAGCUCUAUGACGAGAUCUUGGAUCGCCUUCGCAAUAUUCCAGACCAAGUCUGGCAGAAGGACGGGCGCCGUCUGAAUGUGUUGCCCGAAGGGGAGACACGUUCCAAACAGCUGAUUUUGGGAUUGGUCACAGCGCAGGCCUUCAGGAACUUGCCCACGAUCUCCAAGGAGACCUGGUGCCUGAGUCAGCUGACGAAGAUCCUCCUGGUCUACAUCAACCGGUUGGCAAAGGAGAAUGGGUGGGGCAAGAUCCAUGGCAGCACCCUGCAGCUGACCAAAAACCUGCAGACGGUAGAGCACCAAGAUCAGAACAACGGCGGCAAGAGCUACGGCACCACCUUCGGCGAGCACACCGGUGGCGGCCUUUGGGUGGAAGAUGCCAAUGGAGAGGAGCAAGUUGCCUUCCCAGCACACCUGAAGAAGGAGGGUAGCCCGGAAGUGCUUCGAGGCAAUCGGCAUCAGCCUCGCCGUGCGCUGGUGCAGUUUGAUGGCAACAGGAUCCAUUGCACCUGUCCAUUCCAAGGAGAACGCUACGCAGUUAUCCUGUUCGGUUUGAAGCCUGGUGCCAUGGAAAAGACCUCGGAGUUGAACCAGGCGUUUCUGUCCAUCCUGGGCUUCAACCUGGGGCUGGGCGGUCCUCCUCCGAGCCACCAGCACCUAGAGUUGGGCCGUCGCGCAGCGUUUCGCCAACGUGUGGAUUACCAUCCACCCCGCGUGCCCCCCCAUGUUCACCCGGGGAAAGAAAAGAAAAACGGCCUGAGGCCGUUGCUGUUCUUUUCUGUGGUUUGUUCUUAGCCCUGUGGAUCCACCACGCUUGGGCCGUGGGUCAUGUGUACACAUCGACGUCUACCCGCGUCUUCGAGUCCCGUGCCGAAAGCGAAAAA